CGACACCUAAGUGAUAUAUCCACAGCAUCCGAAACAACCAGCACCGCUGCUGAAACCCUCCAUGUUCAUGGGGUGGUGCCGUCCGCUGGAGAGCCCUCGUCCAAGCAAAUUCGACCACUUCGGUCGGGAGUCGUCGCGCGCGGCCAAGCUCUUGCUGCAUGUGGCGACAGAGAAAUCCAUAGAUGUGGACGUCGUCGAUCACGCUGUCACAAGUUGUGGACACGACACAUUCACAGUCUACAUCAUCGUCGUCACCAUCAACGGCGUCGCGUCCACCGUGCUGCGGCGAUAUCGACAGUUCUUUGCCCUCCACGAGCAGCUCCGGCAAUCUGUCUAUGCUGCUGCGUCCACAGCCUUCCCCGACCGCCUCGUGUUGAACAACCGCAGCGCCGCCCUCGUCCGUCGUCGCCAAGACAUGCUUAAUGUGUACCUCAAAGCACUGGUGGCAGACGACUCAGCAGGAUCGUCGCAUCCCCUUCGCACGUUUCUGGGGCUGGAAGUCGAAGGGAACGACGCCAGCCAGUACGUUGGGUUUGAGUGGACCCAUCGCAGCGGCCGAUUCUCAUAAUAUAAAUCUACCAACUGCUGUCUG